AUGGCGACGGACACAUCCGGAACAGAGAUACCAGGCACGCAGGGAAGACCAGGGACACCGACCCAACUCUCCUAUGUCACACUCGACGUCUUCACCUCGACGCGAUACACAGGCAACCCACUGGCCAUCAUCAGAGUGCCGCAACACGUCGUCCUCUCCCAGAGCCAGAAGCAGCGUAUUGCCCGAGAGUUCAACCUGUCCGAGUCGGUCUUCUUGCAUGAGCAGAUGCAGCACGACCGCCAUGACCAGUCGGUCCGCAUCGACAUCUUCACCGCCUACGCCGAGGUCCCAUUCGCAGGCCACCCGACCGUGGGCACGGCCAACUACCUGCUGCGGCUGUUGCAGGACGACGGGCUGAAUGGCGUCAAGGCGCUCCAGGUCAAGGCAGGCCGCUUCGGCAUCUCCUUGAACCCUGCCGUCUCCGGCGUCCAGAUCUCCGUCGCUCACGACCUGCACAUCCACGCCUCGCCGUUCGCCGACACACCGUUCGCGCACCACCCGGUCGUCAGCAUCGUCAAGGGCAUGACCUUUAUCCUGGCCCAGCUGCCUGAUCUGCACUCUCUCGCCGCACAGUCGCACAACUUGGUCGGUGCCGAUGCCACCUAUACCGCCAAAGACGGUCUAGACCAGGGCUGGCGUGACGGCAUCGUCGUCUCAUACUUUUAUGUCGACCUCGGAACCACCACCACUACCACCACUGCUACCACCACCCCCUCUGACGCCGAUAGAAAAGGCCACCAGGACGUACCAGUCCGCAGCCUGCGCACACGCAGUCUCGGCUCACGUGAGGAUCCGGCCACAGGCAGCGCCGCCAGCGCCUUGACCUCAUACCUCGCGCUCCAGGAGGGUAAGCCUGGCCGCUACCGCUAUGUGCUGACGCAGGGCGUCGAGAUGGGCCAAAGGAGUCAGAUUUUCGUCGAGGUCGGCGUCAAGUCGCGCGACGACGGUCCGGGCGUCGAGAUUGCCCAGGUAUUGCUCAGUGGUUCGGCUGUGCAGGUCACGAAGGGCAGCCUAGAGGUUCCUCCGGCCUAG